AUGAAAUAACCUUAGAAAAUGUUGAUCAAAAACCUGUUAAAAUGCCGAAAUAUUUCAAUUUCACAAUGUCGAAAAAAGAGUACAAACAGGAACAUAUUAAAUCUGAGAGAAAGGGGGAUGUUUCAUGACCUAUUUCCGGAUAAUUCAGCGAAUUCAGUAGUUGAUCUUUUGAAUGCUUCACCUCAAUGUGUUUAUGGGGGAUUCGAUCCUACUGCAGACAGUUUACAUGUCGGAAAUUUACUUAUACUCACCAAUUUGAUACAUUGGCAAAGAGGUGGUCAUCAAGUUAUAGCAUUGGUUGGUGGUGCUACAGCAAAAAUUGGGGAUCCUAGUGGAAGGACAACGGAAAGAGAUCCUCUAACAACAAAAUUUGUAGAUGAUAAUGUAGAAGGUAUUCACAAAAAUAUCAAAACAAUUUUUGAAAAUCAUGAGAAACAUUUCUGGAACGAAGAAACUAAGAAAUUGUUGCCAGUAAAAAUAUUAAAUAAUGAAAAUUGGUACAAGCAAAUUUCUGCUGUGGACUUGAUUGGAGGUGCAGGAAGACAUUUGAGGAUGGGGACAUUGAUAUCUAGGACAAGUGUUCAAACAAGACUUAAAUCAUCCGAAGGAAUGAGCUUUACAGAGUUCAGUUACCAACUCUUUCAAGCAUACGAUUGGUUAUAUUUAUUUCAGAAACACAAUUGUAAAUUCCAAGUAGGAGGAAGUGAUCAAAUGGGAAACAUGAUGUCAGGGCAUGAAUUGAUUAGUAAAGUCUGCAAACAGCCUGUAUUUGGAUUAACUCUACCCAUCAUAACAACCGAGAUGGGUGACAAAUUCGGCAAAUCAGCUGGAAACGCCGUUUGGUUAUCCCCACAAAAAACAUCCCCAUUUACUUUCUAUCAAUUCUGGAUGAGACAAACUGAUGCCGAAGUAGAGAAAAUGCUACUACUUUUCAGCUUUCUAUCAGUGGGUGAGAUAAAGGACCUGAUGAGACAGCAUCACGAAAAACCUGAACUCAGAAAACCACAGAAGAUCUUGGCUGAUCAGGUUACCCUUCUGGUACAUGGAGAAGAAGGUUUAAACUCGGCACGACUGACUACAAAAGCAUUAUAUCAAGGAAGUGUUGCGGCACUGGGGAACUUGAAAGCUGAGCAAAUUGCAGAAAUAUUCCAGGGUGCAACAAUAGUCGAGUUAUUGCCGGAACCAGGGCAGAGUAUUUUGGAUUUGGCUAUGAAAGUACAAUGUUUCCCGAGAAUUGAGGAUGCAGUUAGAAUUAUAUCAGCUGGAGGCUUCUAUAUCAAUCAACAGAAGGCAAAUAAUCCCAACGAAAUACUGAACAAUAAUGUACAUAGAUUAUCUAACAAUGUAUCCUUGCUUAGGGUGGGAAAGAAAAAUUAUUAUGUUGUGAAAUGGAUUUGAAUAUAAAGUGAUAUUUCUGAAAAAAAAAGUUUCAGU